AUGAGUAUAGUUAAUGCUUCUGAAAAUUUCAUCAACAUAAAUUCACCUGACAAUUCCAGAGCCAUUUUGGUGAGGAAACGACGCAAGAUUGAUACGGGUUGGAAGAGCAAUUUCAUGUUGUAAACCAUACGAAAUAAGGCGGAGAAAAGAGAAGUAUUAGUGAAAUGUAUAAACAGAAUGAGAUAAUCAACUUAAGUAAAAAUUGGAUUGUAAGCUUAGGUGAAACAAUUUCAUUCGUUGACCGAGAAGCAAUUAAAUGUGAUCGACGAUUUCGGAUCUGGACAUUCAAAGGGGACUACUACUAAACAAAUUAAAAAGCAAGAAACUCAAUUUGAAUCCAUUUAUUAUGAAUCGAAGUUAUAAAUGGGUAAACUCAGGGGAUUGGUCCUUAGAUAUUUAGAGAAGCACAGCAAAAACCAGGAAUGGUCAAUUAAACCAAGUCACCCUUUCAUUAUUAUUUGGAACAUGUUCAAGCUAUUUUUUAUGGUCCACAUUUUCAUUCUAUUUCCAUUAAUUGAUGCCUUCGGAGUGAAAUUGAAUUAAGUAAUAGUUAGAUAAGAAUAAAUAUUUUUGAUGGAAUGGAUAUUUCUAUUAUUUGACAUUGUCUUAAGAUUUAAUGUGCAGAUAUAUAAGAGUGGCCAAUUGAUAAAGUAACACUAAUAUUUGGCAUUACAAUAUUUGAAAAGUGGGUUCUUUUUGGAUGCCCUGGGCAUUGUUGGAUUCUCCUUGUUUCUCUUUUAAGACAUACUAUACAUCAAAUACAUCUACUUUUUCAAGAUAUCCGAAAUCAAAAAGUUCAUCAAGUUCCUGAGAUACGAGUUGGAUCCCCAAAAUAAAUACAACAAUCACAUCAAACUGAUAACUCUCUUUGUGACCAUAUUUCUAUUAGCACAUAUCAUAGCAUGUCUAUGGAUAGUUGCUGGUCACACUGAACCCAGUUGGCUGAGUAAUCAUGGCUUACAAGACGACCAGUGGUAUAUCCAAUAUCUGUGGGCAUUUUAUUUUGCCAUCCUUACAAUGACUACAGUAGGUUAUGGAGAUAUAGUUCCAGUCAAUGAGAUUGAAUUGGUAGCUUGCAUUAUGAUUGGUGCUUCUUUCCAGUGCAAUAUUUGCUUAUACUCUAAACACCAUCACGACUGUUCUCAAAGACAUCGAUCAGAAUAAGAGUUAGUUUAAUCAGGAGGCCAGAAUCAUAUAAAAUUACUUAGUAAAGAAAGGUUUGUAAUAAUAUUUGAAAUCUCUAUUGAAAUGGGGUUUGGGAGAAAUAGAAGUAGAAUGAAGAUAGGAUAUUCUCCAAAUUAAGUAGGCCUCUGUAAUAAGAAAUCAACUUAUAGGAUAAGGGUCAGAUGUUACUUAAAUUACCAUUCUUAGUUAACAAUUUUAAUAUCGAGUUGUAUUAUCAGCCUGGAGAAUUUAUUAAUCCCUAAGAUGGAGUUUACCUAUUGUAUAAAGGAUAAGCAGAAGUCUGUUGGGAGUUCGUAGAUCAAUCCUAAAUACAUCUGCGAUAUAUUUUAAGGUGACCACUAUGGAUUACUAAAUCUAUUCAAUGUUGAUCAAUCCAAAUACUUUCUAAAGAGCUCAGGGUUCUCAAUUUUCUAUUUCAUACCAACUUAGAUAUUUCAAUAAGAAGUCUUCUGCAUGAUUAACGAUUAAGUUAUCUUUGAAAACUAUUCAAAUCUCUUUCUAUUUUUGUCCACUUUGCAGACGAGAAGGUCAUCUCAUUUAGCCAUCGCUAUUGCCAAGUCUAAUAAGCAAUCUGUUUAGGAAAGAUAGCAAUACAAACGCUUCUGUGUUAAGCAGUAGAUCUUGAGAAACUACAAGGAGAUGCAUGUCGAAACCUGCCAAUUCAUAAACGAUAAAAAGGAGAUCAUGAAAAUUAAAUAUAAAUCUAUCUUCGAUUCUGAUGAUGCAGAUGAAGAACCUGAAAGCAUUGAAUUGUAAUCCUCUCAAUCUUGGUAAUUUGAUGAAGCCUAAAUGGAUGAACAAAAGGUUCCUAUUUAUGUUGAUGAAAAUCAAUUCAAACCCAAAAUCCCUUAAUAAAAAAGAUUAACUCUUAACAAACGGCAGACCAUUGUUGGGUUUCAAAAAAAGAAAACCUAAGACAUUAUGUAAAUCAACUUAUCGAACCUUUAAGAAGCGGAGACAUUCCCAAACCAUCAUAAUCACAUUCCUGAUAACAGCUCUCAGAAAUCGAAAGAUACAUUCGAUAAUAUUGACGUUAUGAAAUCUUUUAACAAAUACUUCAAAAAAUACAAUUAUCAAAAUAUUAUCAAACAACUAAAUUAGAGAAGGAAAACCAUUAAGAAAAAGAUUAAAAGAUUAGAAAGGAUCUAUUGA